UGGAACACAUGGAGGAUCACACACAGCCGCAGGAGAGUAAAUUAGUCCUAAAUAAAGCGAAUAAUGAGUUUAAUGGAAAUAAUUUUGAUCGAGCAGAGGAGUUGUACACACAGUUCAUCAAUAACUGCACCAAAUCCAGAGAAUGUGACGGUAAGGAUUUGGCCACUGCGUACAAUAAUCGUGGACAGGUGAAGUAUUUCAGAGUCGAUUUCUAUGAAGCGAUGGAUGAUUACACAGCGGCGAUAGAGGCUCACAGUCAGUUCGAGGUCCCGUACUAUAACAGAGGAUUAAUACGGUACAGACUGGGUUAUUUUCAGGAUGCUGAGAGAGACUUUAGAAAAGCCCUGGAAAUAAAUGCUGAUUUUGAAGAUGCCAAACAGAGUUUACACCAGACGAUCGUCGACUGUGAGGAGAAACUAACAAAAGGCUAUUAACAACAUUCAGCUGCAAUUUUUAUUAUUAUUAGACUGUAAGACACGACUGUAAAGCUCUAAUCCUUCAGACUGACCACGUUUGUGUUAUAUAACUCGCUCUGGUCUUCCAGCUGUGGCAAUUUCUGUUGUAAUCAUAUGUAAAUUGUAUAUGAUGUAUAAUACAAUAACUGAGGUAAUAUUGGAGACACUAGGACCAUGCUGGUUCGGAUAUGUUUGAAAUGGAAGAAGCUUGGCACAACCAAAUUGGACAUUUUGGGAAAGAAGGGCCUUGGUCAGGGAGGUAAGAACAAACCCAAUGGUCACUCUAGAAGAGCUCUAACAGAUUGGUGCAGAGAUGACCUGUAGGGUAGACAACCAUCUGUGAAGUACUCCAUAUGAUAUCCUGCUUGGAGUUUGAUAAACACCAUGCAAAGUAUGCUGGCAACAAAAGUAAAAAGUAAAAAUAAUUUGGUCUGAUAAAAUAAAACUUUAUACAAUUUAUACAAUCUCUACAGUAAAACAUGGUAGUUUACCCUUCAGCCAGACAGUGACCUGAAGCAUACAGCUAAAACAACACUGGACUGGUUUUGGUGCAAGUCUCUGAACGACGUUAAAUCGCCCAGCCAAAUGCGUAGACUUAAACCCCAUCGAACAAAAGUGGAGGGACCUGAAGAUGGCAGUUCACAGAGAAUAUGCCAUGAAGAAUGUGGUAAACUGCCCCAAUCCAGGUUUAAAGACAUAUCUAAGAAGAGUUGUAGCUGAAAUGGGUGCAAAAAUGGGCUUCUACUUUGAGUAUUGAAUAAAGAGUCUCAAUACAUUUGAAAAAGAGAGCAAUUUUUGGAAAACUCUAAUGACAUGUAUAUAAAAACGUGUUUACUUCGGCAUUAUGGGUGAUUAAGUGUAGAUUAAACUGUAGAAAUGGCAGUUGCAUCGGUUCAAAAUCAACAGGCUGUUGUGUGACCAAGACUUAUAGAUGCCAGAGGACAUAAAGUCUGUGGAACCUGGUACCAACCAACAACAGAAUUUGCAGAUACUCUUUAUAAUGGUAAUAGUGAAUGUGUCACAACACAGAGCAUCUAACCCAUCUGUGUAUGGGGCUGCUGACCAGUCAGAUGCACCUACAGCGUUCACAUAGACAUUAACACUGGAAAUUGGAGCAGUGGAAGAAGGCUGACUGUUUCUGAAAAAUCCUUGUUCAGAUAAUCCAGGACCGAUGUCUUGUGGAGUCUAGGGGUCUGUGUGAAAACCUAGUGAGCUCGCUACUACCUACCUGAUCAGCUGCCUCAGUAGAGAGGAUUCUAAUCAGACAUGGAGCUCAUAAUCAGAUUAUUUAGACUCACUACUUAUACAGUAGACUUAGAAAAUAAUUCGUCCACCAUGUUUGUAGUUUUAUGUGAGAAAAGUCGUGCCGCACUGAAUGCUGGGAUUGCCCUCAGUGCUGAGGAAGUGUCGGCCGCUCCCUCGUUAUUCAGCCAGAUCACAUCACUCAGAAUUAAGGCGCCUCAGUAGGAGCAUUUUUAAUGAAUGUAAGAAUUUAGACAUGCCCUCUUCUCUGGAGUGUAGGAUAAUGUAAAGCGUGUCUAUAUAAAGAGAUCACUAGGUUUUCAGACAGACCCGUGGGUUUAAUAUUUUGACUGAUUGGUGUAUGUAAAGGUGACAAAAAUGUAAAUGUUCUUUUGCAAAAUUGCUCCUUGUUCCUUGAUUGGAAAGCGCUUACAGAAAUAAAAAUGAUGCUUUUU